AUGAAAGAGGUACCCACUUCCAAUACCAUUUCAACAGCGACCCAGACUAGUGAUCCGGUCGAACCGCAACCGGCUUCGAGGGAAACUGUCGUCACGGCUCCCAUAAAAAAUGAUACGCCAAACACGUCUCCCACCUUUUCAAAUUCAGCCAAGACGCCGACGCGUCGAGUGCUGCGAUUGAGGUGUCCGACGUGCAAUGACUAUCCCGAUGGCUUCCGGAGUGAACAUGAGUUGCGACGUCAUACCAAUCGCGUCCACAAGAAGGCGCGCAAGGUCUGGGUAACCAUCGACACGUCCCCGGACAAGUCGUUUCUCGCAAACUGCAAAGCCUGCCAGACCGGUAAGAGGUAUAACGAAUGCUACAAUGCUGCUUCACACCUGCGCAGGAUGCACUUCCACCCUCACAAGCGCGGCGAGAGAAAGAUGACGGCCGCCGAGGCGCGCAAGGGCGGGAAAGCCACAGAUCUGGAUCCUCCCAUGGACAUCUUGAAGACGAAUUGGUUGCGAGAGGUGGAUGAGAUGGGCGAUGAGGACGAUUUACGUAUGGACGAUGGGAGGAACGACUCCCUGACCCAACCGCCAACACUGCCUCGACAACAGCCCCAGCAGCAGUCUACUAGUGUGAAAGCUGACGCGAAAGCGCCGCCGACACCGACGACGCCAUCGACUCGCUCCAUGGCCAUCGACAGCAUCGUGGACAAGGUCGAUGCCGCUUGA